GUCUCACUUUAGCUUGAAAACGAACGUGUCGUGGUCGCAAACAAUAAACGGUUUUUUUAAUGUUUGAAAAUAAAAACAAAAAUAAAGAAAUAAACACGAUCUCUCUUAAACAAGCUCUAAGAACAAAAACAACAAAAAUAGAAAAUAUGCAACACAAUACCAAUGAAACUUCUGCUACCCCUUCCACAAAAUCACCAGAAAAUGACAACCAACAGGUGCCAGUGCGAACAUCAUAUAAUCCCAGAUUCGUUUUAACUCCUGAAAGUAUGGGUAUGAAUUUACGCUCCGAUACUCCUACACCCAAUAGAGAACAAGCUCCACCACCAGAACCACCACUAGUGGAGGUGAAAUCUUAUUCUGAAAGGCAUAGUAAAAAACCUAUGGUGGGAUUACUUUCUGAUUUAAAACAAGAAUCAAAUGCAUCUUUUCAUAGUUCUCACUCGAAUACUCCGACGAAUUCAUAUGCCUCGAUUAGGACCUCAGGAUAUCCUAUUAAAACCCCUUCGCCAAAUAUAUCACCUAAAACACCAUCACAACAACAAUGGAAUUUCGAUAAUACAAUGAAAUCAGAAUAUUUGGAACAACAACAAAGUAAUAUAUAUACCUCAUCGGCUUCUCUUUAUCCCACGCAAUCGUUAAAAUAUCCACAUGCUAGCACCAGUACUUUUGUGCCCAGUGCCUCUAGUACUUUACAGAAUCUGAAGUGUCCCCCCGUUGAACAACCACACUCAAUCUCUACUAAUACACACUGUACUUAUGUUCAAAAUAAUACAUCUUUGUCGGAGAAUCCGUUGCUUGGCUAUGGAGAGCAGCAUCAGAAAUAUAGAUCGGGUUCGGAUGUUUGUAUAGGCGAUUCGGCUAAAUUAAAUUACAGCCAUUUAAAUAGUAUAUAUUCGAAGAGAAUAGAGGAUAUCGAUGCUAAUGUGUGGGGAGAUAAAGAUUAUCACCUACCCUACCAAGAAUGGGUCGAGAUGUUAACGAAAAUCAACGAAGCCUUUAUCGUAAAUAUGGAAGCAUUAGAAACAGAAGUGGCCGAACAGCUGGAACUGGUACAGAGAAAAGUCAAUAGCAAUUGUCGUCACAGUCAGGGCAAUGAGUUGAUGAAGUGUCGCAAAGACAUAGAUACGCUGCUGAAAUAUAUAAAAAAUGCUCGAAACUAUAAUAGUUGGGACCUGCAAGGUUUCACAUUUGAGACAAUAACGCCUGCGCAGUUAUUUGAUGUGAGUGAUUUUGAAAAUUUAACUAUUGAAGGCAAUGCUGGAGAUGCAAUGAAGAAUAGCAAUGAUGUUGAAGUUAUGCAAAGAAACAAGUUGUAUGCCAACAUGAAGGCUUUGGCUCACGAAGUGGCCGAGAAACAUGAUGAAGUGAGGGAACUUAAACGUCAGGUCAUUUCUAUGGAGGAUGAGAUACAAAAGGCCCAACAGAAAAUCCAAUUAAAAGAUGAUGUUAUCAAGGAGUUAAGAAAUGAUCUCAAAUCUGCCAAUAACAAGCUCUCGGCCCAUCAUUCAGCGGAAACCAGCUUGACCAUGCCUCCUAUUAAUUUUGAAGAUCAAACUUCUCGCAGUGCAAAUACACAAAUAAUAGAUACUCCCAGGUUCCCAGAUGAUAAUGGUUCCCAAUUCGACUCUCUAAGUAAUACAGAAUUUGAAGAACAACAAAAGCUCAAAGUUUUGGAAGAGGAAAUAAAUGAGUUCUUCGAAAUAAAUAAGGAAUUAAAUAAACAGAAAAUGGAGAAUCAAUGUAAACGAUUAAUGGACAUUUUACAAAAAUCGGAAUCUGAAAAAGCUGCUGCUUAUCGUAAACUAGACUUCAUACGCAGUCAACUUAUUGACUUGGAAUCAGACUCUAUUGAGAGCAACAACGAUUGUGAUUCAGGUUUUCAUUCGAAAAGUGAAAAUAAUCGAGAUGCCAAACUAUUGGAGGCUGUACGCAAACGUUUGCGCAAAUUAAAUGAAACUAAUGUUGAGCUAAAGAAAAGGUUACAAAAGUUAGAAUUGGAAAACAAUGAGUUGUCCAACAGUUUGCUGUCGGAGAAAACAUUUUCUCAGCGUAAUAGUGAGACUUUAAAGGAAGUUGCAGAUUUAUUGUGUAGCUUGAAAGGUAAACAAUUCUCCUACACUGACAUCUAUAAAACAGCACCGAACGGAAUGAAUCCUUUCUGUGAGGCUAUUAUGGAAAUGAAAAAAGAUUUUCAAGAUCGAGAAAGUCAACUGAUGAAAGCAGUAGGCAUUAGAAGCAAACAGGUUGAGGAACUGUCAGAAUCGUUGCUAAAAAACGAAAAAGAUUUUAAUGAAGAAAGAAUAAUGCGUUGGAAUCACAAUAAUUUGAAGGACACCACCAGCACAACACCAACAACAACAAUACAAUCAACGAUAUCAUCAGCACAAGCAACUCUACCAGUAAGCACCACAUCUAUUAGCACAUCAGCACCAACACUAUCCUCCUCAUCAACCUUGACUGGCCAGCAAUUAAACACUACAACAGCGGCUUCCUUGCAAGGAUUUUUAAAGAAAAACUUAUUUGAAUUUCAAUCAUUUAACAAGGCUGGCGACUGUCCUCACAGUUCUCGUUUGGAGUCAACCCUUAAACAGUGUCAUGAUGAGGCCACCUUAAUGACCAGCACUCAUGAAUCGUAUUUAAAGAUCAUAGACGAUUUAAAAAAUGAUUUAGAGCAAAUAUCAUGUGAGGUGAUCAUGGUACAAAAGGAAUGCAGUGAUCAAGAUCAGUGUCAUGCUACCGGCGAUGUAGAUUUGGAACUCUCUCUUAAAGAGUUAGAGACACAAAACGAUCGACUAGAACAGGCUCUGAAACUAGAAACUCAAACAAGAGAAGCUGCUUUUAUGGAGCUACAAACAAAUAAUGAAACUCUCAAAUGCCAAAUUGCUCAUUUGCAACGCACCCUCUUCGAAAGAGAACAACAUAUUAUACAGCUGACUAGUAUGCUUAAAAAUGUUUCUCAAAUACAAUCGGCAGGACCUCAUCGUUCUGCUCUAGAAUAUGUUACUUCGCGCAAUAACUUUACCGCUGAGCUGGAAAAGAAAAUUGAAGAUCUAACGGAAAAGUUAGAUAAAUCAACGAAACAGGAGAAUUUCUUGCACAGAGAAACUCGUAAACUUAAUGAAGAGCUAAAUGAGAGUAAACGAAAGAAUGGCGACUUAAUUUCCCAGGCUCAUCAUUUGGGCAAUCUUUUGAAAAGUCAAGAAAGCCAUCGCAUGGAACUGGCGGCCAAAUAUGAAGCUUUAGAAAAAAAUUAUGAAGAUCAAGCAAAAAAAUUACGCACUGCCAAUAAUCAGCUGUUUAUGUUGACCGAACGUUUUCAAACUAUGGAACGGAAUCAAAAUGAAUAUAAUAUGGAGCGCAAUUUACUACGCAAUGAAGUGUUAUCGCUAAAGGAAAAUCACGCCUCUGCCAUGGGUCAUCAGAAGAGCCUGCAGGAACAAUUGCUCAAAACCGAAAAAGAGCUUUAUCAAGCACACGAUGUCAUCAAAGAGCAAAAAGCCAUCAUGCAACGCAAUGACUUCGUCCAAAACGAAGCCCAACGAAGAUUGCAAGAAACCAAUGCUGAACUUAAAAGAAAUUUAGCGGAUCUAGUACAAGACUAUAAAAAAUUACAAGACGAACACGACAAGCAGAAAGAGAUCAACCUGCAGCAGCUGAAAUUACUCGAGAAUUUUCGCAAAUGGAAGGAACAGCAAUUGAAGGCCGAACAUACAACAAGAGAAAAUUUUAAAAUCUAUCAAAAAUGUUUAGAGGAAAUGUUGCAGGAAAAACAGAAAUUAAUGAAUGACUUCCAUGAUCUCCAUAAUGAUUAUAGUCUGCUGCAAAAUGAAUUGGAUCGUUUUAAAGUGUCCUCAUUAAACCUUUCCAACUUUAAUAGACUGCAUAAUACUUCUGAAAGAUUGAUUGCCGAACGUUUGGAAAUUGUACGCCGCGCAACACGUCGUGUUUCGGAACAAAGUUCCUCGUUCAAAGACGAGGAACCAAUUGCUUCGAGAGACGACUCAACAAGUUCUGUUUUCCGACCAAGCGAGGAACCACUCUAAAACUAACUGAAAAUCUUUUUUGAUUUCUUUUUCUGUACAUAAUAUAAUUAAUUUUUAGGAUUUUGUAUAUAUAUUAUAUAGAAUUGGUUUGUUUUGUAAAAUCUCUUUAUAUCAGUUUUUUUUUUUGUUUAUAACAAGUUUAUAAGAUCUUUUGGCUGCCAUUUUGAAUUAAUUAUAUAAUUUUGUAAUAUAUUUUUUGAUAUACUUUAUAACUUUUUGGUUUAUAAUUGUAUAUAAACUGAAUUAUUUACCAGAAACCAAUAAAUUUGAUUAAAUCUUGUA